UGUCCUAACAAAGAGACACGGUGUGUGUGUUGGUGAGGGUGUAAAUUAGUGAGCACUUCUACAACACAACAGAUGAUGCUGCUGCUGAUGAUAUGUGUGCAGUCUAUUCUCCGAACCAAAUAUUUAAUGUGACUGCAAAGCAUAAUACCUCCAUAGUCAAUGCACGGUUUGUAGCUUUAGGUAGUCUAAAAGAUUAACCAUUGCUCGACCGUGUGGCCAAGUCGAUGAAGACUCGAGGGAGGAGGGCUAUUUAUAGUGCAGGCAGGGACUUUUCGGGGACUCUCUGGCCCACUCUCUGCUGCCUUCAUGGAGCGCCUCCAUUGGAUUCGACACAGAUGUCUACAGCUGAUAUCCACAGAUUCGAGGAGGGGCUGGUACUCUCCUUCAUCACUACCUCCUAAAAGCAGUCUGGACGCUCAAGAACCUCUGGUUCAGAGGCUCAGUGGCAAGAGGAGAGUGGUGGUAUCACGAUGGGGUCCGAACCAUGCAGAGUACCAUAGCAUCUCAAAGGGCUACCAAAACAACAGUAUCAGGACCACCAAGUACAGCCUUAUCAGUUUCAUACCGAUGAAUUUGUUCCAGCAGUUUCACAGAGUGGCAAAUCUAUACUUCUUGUUCCUGGUGUUGCUGAAUUGGGUUCCAGUGGUUGAAGCAUUUCAGAAGGAGAUAACCAUGAUCCCCUUAGCAGUGGUGCUCACUGUCAUUGCCUUCAAAGAUGCCAUGGAGGACUACAGACGUUACCGCCAUGACAAGAAAAUCAACAGCACAUUGACAUACAUCUACUGCGGGAAGCAACAACGGUAUGUGGGGCAUCGUUGGGCAGAGGUGCGUGUCGGUGAUCUGGUCCGCCUGGGCUGUAAUGAGAUCAUUCCUGCUGACAUGGUGCUGCUUCACUCAUCUGAUCCUAAUGGCGUGUGUCACAUCGAGACUGCCAACCUAGAUGGAGAAACUAACCUCAAACAGAGGCAGGUGGUUCGUGACCUGCCACAACAGGAAUCAGAAUUUAUUCCUGAAAACUUCAAUAGUCGCAUUGAGUGUGAGAAUCCAAACAAUGACUUGAGACGGUUCAGAGGCUUCAUGGAGCAUCCUGGUAAAGUGCGGGUUGGACUACACAGUGAAAACCUGCUCCUGAGGAGCUGCACUGUGAGAAACACAGAGACUGUGAUCGGCAUCGUGGUCUAUGCAGGCCAUGAGACCAAAGCGAUGCAGAAUAACAGUGGGCCACGCUAUAAGAGAAGUAAACUGGAGCGCAGACUCAAUAUAGACGUACUCUGGAGUGUUGCACUACUACUACUCAUGUGCCUUAUUGCUGCUGUAGGUCAUGGUCUUUGGUUGAAUGGACUAAAGGAUCCCAUCUUCAUGAUUCCCGAUGACACGCCCCCUGCCCUCGCAGCCUUUUACAUGUUCUGGACUAUGAUCAUUGUUCUGCAGGUGCUGAUUCCAAUCUCUCUUUAUGUGUCCAUAGAGAUUGUGAAGCUGGGACAGAUUUAUUUUAUUCAGAAUGAUUUAGAUCUGUAUAACCCCCAGCUGGAUACAGGAGUGCAGUGCAGAGCACUGAACAUCACAGAAGACCUGGGACAGAUCCAGUAUGUUUUCUCAGACAAGACUGGAACCCUCACAGAGAACCGCAUGUUGUUUCGUCGCUGUACUAUAGUAGGAACGGAGUACCCUCACCAUGAGAACGCGGUUUCUCUGGAACAGUAUGAGGAGCAGACCUGUGGUGAUGCAGAUCCCUCACUCACGCUGAGAUCAUGCUCUAGCAGAAAGUCUGUGAGCUGUAAAUCACUCAGCUGCAACCGGAGUUCAGUGUCCCUCAAUACCCUCACUGCAGAAUCUGACAUACACUCCCCCCACGACACACUCCGCAGACACACACCUGGAGCCUUCAGCAGCACCAUGGAGUGUGCUAUUGUUCCAGACCCUCAGCUACAGGUAAAGCUGGGUGCCCUGUCUUCCCCCAUGCAUUCCCCUCUCCGACAGGAAGCUGCUGAACUCUCUCACAUCCUGGACUUCUUUCUUGCUCUGGCUGUCUGCAACACUGUGGUAGUUUCCUCACCCACUCAGCCAAGACACGUGGUCCAGAUGCCUGUGGUCCGCACUCCCCUGCACUCUUUAGAGGAGAUGAAGGCCCUGUUGCAGAAGCUGAGUCUGCCUCGCUUUCCUUAUUCACCUAACCAAAGCACAGACACCCCUCCUAGCCUGACCAAGAAACUAUUUACCCGGGGUCGUUCGGCAUCUUAUUUCCCUAACAGUGCUCCACAAACACCCAUCAUGACCCUACAGUCACCCUCCACACCCAUUUGCGUCCCUUCAAACCCUUUCUCCUCCCCUUCGACUCAGACACUGAUGACCAGUGGGGCAUGGGGAGAGGACAUGGGAGACUUACAGCAGGCUAAAGAUGAUGGUGCUGAUGAGACUGACAGCGAGGAUGAAAAUGAGGCAGAAGAGUUGCUGUAUGAGGCAGAGAGCCCGGAUGAGGCAGCGUUGGUGCAAGCAGCAAAGGCUUAUGGGUUCACUCUGCUGGGCCGGUCCCCAGAGCAAAUCAUUGUGGCUGUUCCAGGCACUGGGCUGCUCUCCAUCCCUCUGCUACAUGUACUACCGUUUCAUUCUGCACGCAAGAGGAUGUCGGUAGUAGUCCGCCAUCCCUUCACUGGAGAUGUGGUAGUGUAUACUAAAGGAGCUGAUAAUGUCAUCAUGGAGCUGGCUGAUGAAGCUGAAGAUGGUAUUUCUAGGGAGGUUAUGGAGCGGACACAGAGACACCUGGACCAGUAUGCAAGAGAGGGACUUCGCACUCUGUGUGUUGCUAAAAAAGUGUUGGAAGAGCAGGAAUACAAAGCCUGGCUGAAGAGUCAUGAGUUUGUAGAGACCUGCAUUGAAAACAGAGAAGAGCUUCUGCUUGAAUCUGCUGAGAGACUGGAAACUAAUCUCACAUUAUUGGGGGCGACGGGUAUUGUAGACCGCCUGCAGGAGGAAGUUCCUGAGACCAUUGAAGCUCUGCAGGAAGCUGGGAUUAAAGUAUGGGUCCUUACAGGGGACAAACAAGAGACGGCUGUAAAUAUUGCCUUUGCUUGCAAACUCCUCAGACCCACAGACCAGCUUCUCACAGCCAAUUGUGACAGCAAGGAGUCAUGCGAGGCUCAGCUUCAUGAGUUACAACAUGAGAUAAGACAGUGCACAAAGGGAGGCGUGUCUGAAGAUGAUUCGAGCAGGUGUGACUUUGUGCUAGUCAUUGAUGGCCGUACGCUGGACUUUGCUUUGCAGAAGGAGCUACAGGGGCUGUUUCUGGAGCUCACGUGCUGCUGUCGCUCAGUCAUAUGCUGCAGAUCCACCCCCCUGCAGAAGAGCCAAGUGGUACGGCUUGUCAGAGAUAAAUUGAAAGUCAUGACCCUGGCUAUAGGUGACGGAGCAAAUGAUGUUAGUAUGAUUCAAGUUGCAGAUGUGGGUAUCGGCAUCUCAGGCCAGGAGGGCAUGCAGGCUGUGAUGUCCAGUGACUUUGCCAUCUCGAGAUUUAAGUACUUGAGAAAGCUGAUUUUGGUUCAUGGUCAUUGGUGCUAUGCACGCUUGGCUAACAUGAUCCUCUAUUUCUUCUACAAGAAUGUGAUGUAUGUGAACCUGUUGUUCUGGUACCAGUUUUUCUGUGGGUUUUCAGGCAGCACUAUGACCAACUCUUGGGUUCUAAUCUUCUUUAACCUGCUUUUCACCUCUGUCCCUCCACUUGUAUACGGCGUGCUGGACAAAGAUGUGUCUAGCAAGACACUCCUAAACCUGCCUGAUCUCUACAAGUCUGGACAGAACUCUCAGGCCUACCUUCCCUCAACAUUCUGGUUGACCAUGCUGGAUGCUUUUUAUCAAAGCUUAGUGUGCUUCUUCAUACCUUACUUUGCAUAUGCAGGGUCUGAUAUUGGAGUAUUCUCCUUUGGAUCUCCAAUUAAUUGCUCCGCCCUGCUCAUCAUCCUCCUGCAUCAAGUCAUAGAGAGCCGUACACUGACAUGGCUACACGCUGGAUUGCUCCUCUUUAGUGCGCUGUUCUAUUAUGCCUUUGUUCUCUUGUUCAGCGUUGCAUGUGUGACAUGCAAUUCUCCUACAAACCCCAUUGGCAUCGAGACAAAAAUGAUGUCUGACCCACUCUACCAUUUCGUAUGUGGACUUACCACGGUCCUGGCACUGCUGCCAAGGAUCCUGUUUCAUGCUUUUUGUAACACAAUCUAUCCUUCUGACCUGGUGAGAGCACAGAAAAUUGAGAAAUUUCCUUCAGAAGAGUAUUACUCUUGUGUUCGGCAGUGGAGGGAGAACAAAGCCGCUCAAAAAUUGUCUCUCAGACACAUUCCUCAAAGCCUCAGUGUGAAUGCUUGUAUCCCAGAAGCAGGUGCCGUUCUCUUCUGACCAAUAACAAAAUUGCCGUCUUUAACCAUAUAAGCAUGGUAAUUAGUUAAAAUAAUGACCCUAUAUUCUUGCACUUUAAUGAUUGGCAGAUACUCUGACUGAUCAGAUCUCAGAGCUGGCUUUUAUCUGGUCAGUGAGAGUGUUUUUAAAUGCCUUGGUGGAGCUUACAGCUGGACUGCAUUGCAAACUCAGAGUCACCCAUGGAUUUUGUUUUACAUAGACUUAAAUGUGGUCUAGUGCCGUCUCCUCACUGAUAUGCAGAGAGCUGUUUACAUGUCACAGGCUGUGCCUGUAGCCUUUUGAAUUACAUAUGCACUCUAGCACCACACAGGAAAUGUUGAACAUACCUCUGCUGUUUUGGAGGGAUUUGAAAAGGUGUGGGUUCCUACUGUGAUCCUACUGUAAUGCAAUGCUCAAUUUUUGGUUAUUGAGGCUAAAAUAUUAAAAGUUGCACAAUUGCUUUGAUCACUGUUAUGGAAAAUGAGACUGUAUGUAACUCAUACAAAUCCCCUUGCAAAAUUCUUUCACAUUCGUUUACAUUUUUCUUCUCUGGUUGAGCUUGAAUUGUUAAAGAUGAAAAACGAUCAUGAUUGAAUUCUAUUACAAUGCCAUCAAAUUAACAGAUUUUCAAGUGACUAACUUUGGUUGGAAAGUAGUUUUCUGUCUCCAGCAAUAAUCACUGGUUGCUGGACACAUAAAUUGAAAGAAGUAAAUUGAUCGGAGGAGCAGCCUGAAUGUUGGAAUAAGAAAGUGUCACUAUAUUUGCACAUGUUAAUUUUUGCUGAUCUGGUUGUCCCUAAGUAAUUAGAAAGCACAUUACUGUUUCCUGCGCAUUAAAAUCUGAUCAUGGAGUACUUCAUGGAGAGAGGCAUUUACAUUAGGGACAGUGUGAAUUUUUCCUGAUCAGGAAUAAAAUGAAGCGACGAGAAUAAUUUGCGUAUGUAUUUGUGACUUGGCAUCCUUUAUGUCCAUUUCUGUUUUCAUUCUGAAAGUGAACAUGCAUACCAGAUGAAUUAGAGAUGGACAGAUCCAGUAUUUUAUACAUGCUUUUUAUUCUAAAAAUUCUUAUGACAGAAAUGAAUGCUUGAGUUUUGAAAGCAUGAAUUGAUCUUAAAUGAUUUCAAGUGAAUGACUUGGAAACCUAUUAUUUUUUUGUCAUUUAUUAUUGUACAUCUGAUGUAAGCCAUUUGUGUUAUUUGCUAAAGUUUUAAUAAAACACUUAAAUCUUG